GAGAGAGAGAGAAAGCGAGCGAGAAAAAAGCAGAGAGAAACAGAGGGAAAGGGAGAGCGAAGUCCCGAGAAAAUCCACCCGCAUUUUCUCUCCCUUCCCUCCCCUCCCCUUUCCCCCCCACCUUCCCCCGUCGCCGUCCCCUCUCCUCCUCCUCCUCCUCCGAGGAUCAUCCUCGGGAAGCUCCGGUCGAAAUCCCCUGUAGAAUUAUAUCCAUCGCGUGGUGCGUAUAGCAUUCGUUCGGCAUUGUGUCUCCCCCUUUGCUGUGUCGACGUGCGGAGGAGGAGAUGGCGACGGAGCAAGCGGUGACGUUCUCCGUGGAGUCCAUGGUGGAGGACGUUCUUCAGCAGCACAAGACUCGGCUGAGCGACCGCAACUUGGCCUCCCGGAAAGCAGAGGAAGCUUCCUCGAGAAGGUAUGAAGCGGCCGGAUGGUUGAGGAAGACUGUCGGAGUGGUUGGGGGCAAAGAUCUGCCCGCUCACCCUUCUGAAGAAGAGUUUAGGCUCGGAUUGCGAAGCGGGAUAAUCCUUUGCAAUGUUCUUAACAAAGUACAACCCGGGGCUAUACCGAAAGUGGUUGAAGCCCCAUCCGACUCUGUUAUCAUUCCCGACGGAGCGGCACUUUCGGCUUAUCAGUAUUUUGAGAAUGUGAGGAACUUUCUUGUUAUUGCGGAGGAAAUGGGGCUUCCGACUUUUGAAGCCUCUGACUUAGAACAGGGAGGAAAAUCGGCUCGGAUUGUGAAUUGUGUCCUGGCACUAAAAGCUUACAGCGAAUGGAAACAAGGAGGUGGAGUUGGAUCAUGGAAACUUGCUGGAGCUAAACCCCUUACCUCUAGUAAACAAUUCAUACGGAAGAAUUCAGAGCCAUUCAUGAAUUCCUUCUCGAGGACCUCCUCCGCCAGCGAGAAGUCUCUAGAUGGUUUGUUAGGUGAACAUGGUGAUAUAUGUCUGGACCUCAAUGUUGCAGGAUCGUCUCGUUCUCUGAAUAUGUUAGUACGGCAAGUUCUUUCAGAUAAGAAACAAGAAGACAUUCCAAUUGUUGUGGAAUCUUUAUUGAGUAAAGUCAUGGAGGAGUUUGAACGUCGUUUAGCAAGUCAAAAUGAACUGAUGAGAACUGAAUCAAGAGAUGUGGGAGUAUCCUGCUGCGACAAGACUCUUUCUACAGGUGGAUCCGAGGACACAAAGAUUGAAGAGCAAAUCGCGACACACAUCCAAUCCGAGGAACAGUACAGUCAAAAGUUGAUUGAUGAUGAGGCAUCAGAAGGUCAACUCUCGAAGAAACAGCUGCUAGUUGACCAGCAACAGAAAGAUAUUCAGGAGCUGAAGGAUACUGUAUGUACAGCGAAAGCAGGAAUGCAGUUUCUACAAAUGACGUAUAUGGAGGAGAUUGCCAAUCUUGGUAAGCAUCUACAUAGUCUAGCUCAUGCUGCUUCUGGAUACCAAAAAGUUCUAGAGGAAAAUCGCAGGUUGUAUAAUCAGGUGCAAGACUUGAAAGGAACUAUUAGGGUAUAUUGUCGCGUGAGACCAUUUUUAGCCGGGCAAGCAAAUCGUCUAAGCACUGUGGACCGCAUAGAGGAAGGAAAUAUUACAGUGAAUACCUUCUCUAAAUAUGGGAAGGAGGCAAGGAAGUCAUUUACAUUCAACAAAGUAUUUGGUCCUUCAGCGACCCAAGAGGAAGUAUUCUCAGACACUCAGCCCCUUAUUCGGUCUGUUCUUGAUGGUUACAAUGUCUGCAUAUUUGCUUAUGGCCAAACUGGAUCUGGAAAAACAUAUACCAUGACUGGACCGAAAGAACUCACUGAGGAAAGCAUGGGCGUAAACUUCAGAGCAUUGAGUGAUCUAUUCCUUCUCUCCGAGCAGAGAAAGAAUUCCAUUUUAUAUGAGGUAUCUGUUCAGAUGAUCGAGAUUUAUAAUGAACAAGUCAGGGAUCUCCUUGUGACUGAUGGUCAGAACAAAAGGGUAGAAAUACGUAACAGCAGUCAAAAUGGAAUAAAUGUACCUGAUGCAAACCUCGUGCCCGUGUCGUCAUCAGCAGAUGUCCUGAACUUGAUGAACCUCGGUAAUUGUAAUCGCGCAGUUGGUGCAACUGCCCUCAAUGACCGCAGCAGCCGUUCACAUAGCUGCCUGACUGUUCACGUCCAAGGAAAAGUGCUAACAUCUGGAACCAUUCUCCGUGGUUGCAUGCAUCUGGUUGAUCUGGCAGGAAGCGAAAGAGUGGACAAAUCUGAGGUCACAGGGGAUAGACUGAAGGAGGCGCAACAUAUUAACAAAUCUCUUUCUUCAUUAGGAGAUGUGAUCUCUGCACUUGCUCAGAAGAACUCACAUGUUCCUUACAGGAACAGUAAGCUGACACAAUUGCUCCAAGAUUCACUUGGAGGGCAAGCCAAGACACUCAUGUUUGUGCACAUAAGUCCAGAGCCCGAUUCUUUAGGAGAAAGCAUCAGUACACUCAAAUUUGCUGAAAGGGUGUCUACUGUUGAACUUGGUGUUGCUCGAGUUAAUAAAGAUAGUGCAGAUGUGAAAGAGCUAAAAGAGCAGAUAGCUGGCCUUAAGGCUGCUCUUGCAAAGAAGGAGGGAGAAAGACAGCAGCUUCAUCGUUCCCGGUCAAGCAGUCCAGAAAGAAUUGAAGUACAAUCGGGACUUUCUAUGCAACUUAGUUGGGAGGGUCCAGGACAUGUGGCAAUUAGUCAUAGACAACCCAUGGAGGAUGUAGGAAACAUAGAGGUCCAGAACAAAUCGAUACCCAAGCUGAAAAGACGCAGCUUAGAUCUUCAGGAUAUGCUAGCAAACUCACCUCCCUGGCGACCGGUUACCAAUCCUGUACUAAAUGGAGAGGAUGAUGAGAAAGCAUUCAUUUCAGGCGAGUGGGUUGAUAAAGUAAUGGUGAAAAAGCACGACGCGCUAAGCAGACAGGAACAUCCUCCAGUUAGUUGGGAGGCCGAAAACGGGGACUUGCCUCGCAUGUUUUAUCAGAGACAACACCCUUCAGAUCCGUCAAUGGUAUCCCAAAACAAGCUUUCACCAAACAAAAUCAAGAACAACCAAGAUUGUGAUGUGCGGAGGGAUCAAUGCAACGAUAACGACUCCGACGACCUGGAGGCUGCAACAAGUGACUCUUCUGAACCAGAUUUGCUCUGGCAAUAUAGCGCUUCUAAAGUUGCCAAGAACGGCUUGGCGUCAAGGGUCAAGAAACCUCAGGCUAAGUCAGCAAAGAACCCGGAGACAAGGAGUUUGAUUCCCACGUUAGUCCCUUCGCCGUCGAGGAAACUGCCCCACGGAGUCCCUCCACCGCCGCACAGAGCUCGGCAGCAGCCGGCGACAGUCGACGGGAGACGGAGAAACGGCUGUGCAAAGUAAAAUGUGUACCAGCGAGGUGGGGGUAUAGGAAGUGAAUUGUACUGAGAUUUUGGUUUCUUUUCUUCUUCUUCUUCUUCUUCUUUGAUUCUUUUGUGUACUAAAAUGUAUUACGCAGAGAGAGAGAGAGAGAGAGGCCGUGUUAAUAUAGAAGUGUCGAUCCCUUUGGUGGGGGUGGUGGUGGUGGUGAUUUGUUUAUGUGGUCACCUCGUCGAUUCCAAAUUUGUUCAUAGGUGAUUGUCCCUCUUUCUCUUCGAGUUUGUUUGACUUUCUUCUUUUGAAAAGAAACGAAAAUAGAGCGGGGGGAAAAAAAGAAAGGUGGGAGAAUAGAUCACUGAAGUUUUCUCUUU